UGAUGGGUGGGAGGUGGGCUUGGGCUGACCCCUGCCUGGGGAGUACAUGAGUGAAAGGGGCGAAAGGAGGGAGGAGAGCUUUCAGUAGAUGUCGAGUGUAAGCGGAAGUUAACGGACUCGGGGAAGAGGAAGAUGUCGGCACAAGGAAACCCCAGCAGAAAGUAAGAGUGGGAAGGGGCUUUCUUCAGAGUCUUUAGGGGACCCGGAUCAUGCCUACUCGGACACUUUGCGUUUGCGUAGGCACCAGGCCUCGGUUUCAGAAAACGAAGAACCUCAUCUUCAGAUACUUGCAAAACAGAUCCCGGAUUCAGGUGUGGCUUUAUGAGCAAGUGAAUAUGCGGAUAGAGGGCUGUAUCAUUGGCUUUGAUGAGUAUAUGAACCUUGUAUUAGAUGAUGCAGAAGAGAUUCAUUCUAAAACAAAGUCAAGAAAACAACUGGGUCGGAUCAUGCUAAAAGGAGAUAAUAUUACCCUGCUGCAAAGUGUCUCCAACUAGAAAUGAUCAAUGAAGUGAGAAAUUGUUGAGAGCGCAAUAUAGUUUUUUUUUUUUAGGUGUCCUUUGUUUGGACUAUAGUUCAAAAACAUUUGUUCAUAUUGUUUUGAUUACCCUUAUGUUAUUACAAGAUGACAAUAAAUGCUGUGGGAUUGUUUUUAUUAGAAAAUGUACUUUUUUUUCCUAUCCAGUGGUAGAGAACUUUUAUACAGUGACACCAUUGGUAUUUAUUUUAAAGUUUCUGAAGGGUGGCAGUUGCCCUGGGCACUUGGGCUUCUCAAAGAAUGGGUCUAUAGAUUCUUGAGACAAAGAGUAGAAAUUCUGUCUGAGAGGUAAGCUUUUUUAUAUUGGGUGGUGGAAAGGGAAGGGCUCACAAAAAUAAACAAGGGUUAUUGCACUAA